AGGUAACUAAUAUAGUAAAAACAAUGCGUUUUCAAAAAAAUAAAUUCACAAGUCCCCAAAAUUAGAACCCUCUUCCGCCCAAAUUUCACAAGUCCCCCAAAUUAAAACUCUCUUCUAUGAUAUUUGUCGGCUCAAUUUGUCACAAGUCCGCCCAAAAUUUGUCAAUUUGUGCUUUUGUUUGUCAGCUUAAUUUGUAAUUUGAAACCCUAGGAGCUCUCUUCUUGGUCUAGAACCCAAAAAUUUGUGAUUUGAGAUCUGGUCGGUGGCAGCUCGAUGUGAUUUGAACCUGUCGCAACUCAAUACUUGUAGGCCACCGUGGUCUUCUCGGAGACUCCAAUUUCAUCAGGUCUACUGCACCCAAUUCUUGGAAGCUCCACGAACUUUAGGAUUCUGCUAUAUACCUGCAACUGGAGAGUGAAAAGGUUCGAAGCAUUCCUCAUGUGGUUAUUGCUGCGGCUAAGAAGAAAUUGGCCAAGACAAUGCAAAAGAGAUUACAGAUCUCCAGAGAUUUGCAUCAGUGGUGAGUCCACCAAGUGGAAGGAAGUGGAUUGCUGACGAGUUGGCUGUUGUUGCUGAGUCAAAAGAGGUGGCAGGGGAUAUGAUCACUGAAACCGUGCUUGAUCAGGUUUUUGCUGAUGAUGCUUUUUUCAAGUUUGUAAUGAAUGAUGGACAGGCGCACAAGUUCUCGGUUGGUGAUAAAGUGAUUUGUAAGAAAGUAACUUCUUUGAACGCUGCCGUGGAGAGGGCACAAAUUCUCACUGUCAUGAAAACUGAUCUCAAGGCCAAAUUCUCUGUUCUCCAGAAUCAAGUUACUAAGGCUAAAAAGAAGAUAGCUGCAGAGAAUAUUCAAAAAGCCGUUAAAGCUGCCUCAGAAACCUCUGGAGCUUUAGCUUCUGGUGGGAAAUCAUACUGCAUCUUGCAGAUUGACGUGGGCUUGGACACUGGUGCAGUUCGUGAAGCAGUUGUCAAAGUCAUGGAGCAGAAGGUUAUUAGGGAAUAAUUGGCAAAAGAUACCAUUCUCAAAACUAUUUUGCCAAAGGGACACUAAAUUUCUUUUUGAAUUAUUUUUUAGGGUUAGGGUAUAAAAAGUGUGAAAAAAGGUGAAAAAGUAGGCUCACAUGUGGCCAAGGGACCAUUGUAUUAUUUUUCUAACUUUAUAAAUUUAACAUAUAAUAUACUAACCCUCAUCUACAAA